GAAGCACCUUUCGUUUGGAUUUCUUAUUGAGUUUUGUCUGAUGUUCUCUUUGGAGAUUUCCAUGGCUUUGGAGGGAUUUAAGCAAAGAUAAAGAGCCCCACUUUCCAGAUGCUUCACGUAGAAUCUAGUCUCUAUCUCUAUUCCCCUUCUUUCUCUGCCUUCCUUUUCCUUUUUCCUGUUGGCUGAGUAUCUUGAUAAGAACCCCCUUCAUUGGUUCGCUGCUCACAUCUUGUCAGAGCUUUUGCUCCUCGUUUCUGUGUAAUCUUUUGCUCCAAAGCAAAUUCUCUUAUCCGUACUGGUCCUGCUAUUGUUGAUUCCUUCUUCUUGCUCUGAAAAUGCCAGCGGUAAUGCUCUCUGGUGAGUUUUCACUGUUUAUUUUCUGUAAAUCCUCCACAAAGUUUGUGUUUUGAACAGUGCAUGUUUCAUGUUUGAUGGUAUGCUCAAUGUAGCAGUGCUCAAGUUUUGAUUUUGAAUCCAGAAUGGAUAUUCACAUUCUUCCAUGAGCCUCUUGUUCGUUUUGGUGUUUGUGUGUGUGUGUGUGUGAGAGUGAGAGUUGAAUUCUGAGUGUGUGUUUGGGGUGGAGAAGGAGGGGAAAAGGAAUGACUUCGAUGUCUAAUAGGGGAGCAACAUGUUCCCGCAGCAGCUCAGCAAGGUCCAAGCACAGCGCCCGCGUUGUUGCCCAGACUUCCCUUGAUGCCAAGAUCCAUACAGACUUUGAGGAAUCCGAGCAACCAUUUGAUUAUUCUACAUCGAUCGGUGUUGCUAAUCGGCCAAGUGGCGCGGAGAGUGGCGGAGUUCCCCCGUCAGCUGUUUCUGCAUACCUCCAAAGGAUGCAGAGAGGGAAGCACAUUCAACCAUUUGGUUGCAUGCUAGCGAUUGAGGAUGAUACCUUCAUCAUCAUUGCAUACAGUGAAAAUGCCCCAGAGAUGUUGGACUUGGCCUCCCAUGCUGUGCCUAGCAUUGAGCAGCGUGAGGCACUCACAAUAGGUACUGAUGUUCGAACAUUAUUCAAGUCCCCGAGUGCUGUUGCCCUGCAAAAGGCUGCAAGCUUUGGGGAAGUUAAUCUUUUGAAUCCAAUACUGGUUCAUUGCAAGAGUUCAGGAAAACCUUUCUACGCAAUCAUGCACCGGAUUGAUGUGGGUUUGGUUAUUGACUUAGAACCUGUGAAUCCAGCUGAUGUGCCAGUGACUGCUGCUGGAGCGCUCAAAUCUUACAAACUUGCUGCAAAAGCCAUCUCAAGGCUGCAAUCUUUGCCUAGUGGUAAUAUCCCUUUGUUAUGUGAUGUUUUGGUCAAGGAAGUAAGUGAACUCACAGGUUAUGAUAGAGUGAUGGCUUAUAAGUUCCAUGAAGAUGAGCAUGGUGAAGUUAUAGCUGAAUGCAGGAGAUCAGAUCUUGAACCGUAUCUUGGCCUGCACUACCCUGCUACUGAUAUCCCACAGGCUUCAAGGUUUUUGUUUAUGAAAAAUAAGGUUAGAAUGAUAUGUGAUUGUUCUGCUCCACCGGUGAAGGUAAUUCAGGAUAAGAGAUUGCCACAGCCCUUGAGUCUGGGAGGUUCUACCUUGAGGGCUCCUCAUGGCUGUCAUGCUCAGUACAUGGCUAACAUGGGUUCAAUUGCUUCCCUUGUGAUGUCUGUUACGAUCAAUGAAGAUGAUGAUGAAACAGCUAUUGAUCAGCAGAAAGGGAUGAAACUUUGGGGACUUGUGGUUUGCCAUCACACAAGUCCUAGGUUUGUGCCGUUCCCGCUUAGAUAUGCUUGUGAAUUUUUGCUACAAGUGUUUGGUAUACAAUUGAAUAAAGAGGUAGAGUUAGCUACCCAGGCAAGAGAGAAACAUAUUCUUCGAACACAGACUGUGCUUUGUGACAUGCUUCUUCGGGAUGCUCCUGUUGGUAUAUUUACUCAAUCUCCUAAUGUCAUGGAUCUUGUUAAAUGUGAUGGUGCUGCUCUUUAUUAUAAGAACCAAUUCUGGUUGCUUGAAGUAACACCUACGGAGGCACAGAUACGCGAUAUAGCCGCGUGGCUUCUAGAGUACCACAACAGUACCACAGGAUUGAGCACUGACAGCCUAACAGAAGCAGGAUAUCCUCGUGCUGCAGAACUAGGAGAUGCCGUUUGCGGUAUGGCUGCAAUCAAGAUUACAUCUAAGGAUUUCAUCUUUUGGUUUCGGUCACAUACAGCAAAAGAGAUCAAAUGGGGUGGAGCCAAACAUGAUCCUGGGGGUAGGAAUGAUGAGGGUCGCAAAAUGCAUCCACGAUCUUCAUUCAAGGCCUUCUUGGAGGUGGUCAAGCGAAGAAGUCUUCCUUGGGAAGAUGUUGACAUGGAUGCAAUCCAUUCCUUGCAGCUGAUACUGCGGGGCUCCUUGCAAGAUGAGCCUGUGAUGGAUAACUCAAAGACCAUAGUAAAUGCAACUCCGGAUGAGGCAAAGCAGAUUCAGCGCAUGGAUGAAGUGCGUACAGUUACAGCUGAGAUGGUUCGGCUGAUUGAAACAGCGACAGUGCCCAUUUUGGCUGUUGAUGCAUCAGGAAACAUAAAUGGCUGGAAUACCAAAGCGGCAGAAUUGACUGGAUUAUCUGUGGAAGACGCCAUUGGGUUUCCUUUUGUUGAUCUGGUUGAGGGAGAAUCAGUUGAAGUGGCUAAAAGUAUUCUUCGCUUGGCUUUGCAAGGGAAAGAAGAGCAAAAUGUUCAAAUCAAGCUUAAAACCUUUGGCCAUCAAAAAAAUAAUGGGCCUGUGAUCUUGAUUGUCAAUGCUUGCUGUAGUCGGGAUAUUAACAAUGAUGUUGUUGGGAUCUGCUUUGUUGGACAAGAUGUUACUGGCCAGAAGUUAGUAAUGGAUAAGUAUACCCGUUUACAAGGCGAUUAUACUGCAAUAGUAAGCAGCCCAAAUCAACUGAUUCCCCCAAUAUUUAUAACUGAUGAGUAUGGUUGUUGUUCUGAAUGGAAUGCAGCCAUGGCCAAACUAUCAGGUCUGAGCAGGGAGGAUGCAAUUGAUAAAAUACUUAUAGGAGAGGUGUUCAGCGUCCAUAGUUUUGGUUGUCGAGUCAAAGACCAUGACACACUUACCAAGCUGAGGAUAGUGAUGAAUGCUGUCAUUGCUGGCCAAAAUGCAGAGAAUUUGCUAUUUGGAUUUUUUGACGUGAAUGACAAGUACGUAGAAGCACUACUUACUGCAAAUGCCCGGACAAACACUGAGGGUAGGAUCACUGGGGUGUUGUGCUUUUUGCAUGUGGCUAGCUCAGAGCUUCAACAUGCGUUACAAGUGCAAAGGAUGUCUGAGCAGGCUGCAAUCAACAGCCUCAAGGAACUAGCAUACCUGCGGCAGGAAAUUAGGAACCCCCUGCAUGGGAUUGUAUUCACUUGCAACUUAAUGGAAGCCUCUGAUCUAACUCAGGAGCAGAAGCAAUUGCUUAGGACAAGUGGUCUGUGUCAGGAGCAAUUAAGAAAGAUAUUAGAUGACAUGGAUCUUGAAAGCAUUGAGCAGUGCUAUUUAGAGAUGAACGCUGUGGAAUUUAACCUUGGGGAAGUUGUGGAGGCAGUUGUGUCCCAGGGAAUGUCUCUAAGCAGGGAACAACAAGUUUCACUUGUUAUUGAUUCUUCUGCUGAUCUAUCCACCAUGUACUUAUACGGAGACAAUUUGAGGCUGCAGCAAGUUCUAGCGGACUUUUUAUUGAACACUCUUCAGUUCACGUCGCCUGCAAGUGGAUCAGUUCUGUUGAAGGUCAUCCCAAGAAAGGAACAUAUUGGGACUGCAGUACAAAUUGCCCAUCUGGAAUUCCGAAUAAUUCAUCCCGCACCUGGAGUUCCAGAGGCAUUGGUGCAGGAAAUGUUCCGCCACAGCCCGGGUAUCUCAAGGGAAGGACUUGGUCUAUACAUCAGCCAGAAGCUGGUGAAGAUUAUGAAUGGAACCGUUCAGUAUCUCAGAGAAGCAGAGAGAUCAUCUUUUAUUAUUCUUGUUGAGUUCCCUCUGGUUUGCCAUUCUCACAGUAAGUGAGUAUGGCUGAAGGAGUACAUACCCAGUCUAAUGUGAGUAUUAGCACUGGCCCCACCUUCAAUGGCAUCAAAUAGCAUGGUUCUGCUACAUGUCUAUGCCAUGUUGACAGUGUUAGUGUGAUAGUAAUCACCGGUGUAUCUGUUAUUGAAGGAAUAAAAUUAUGUUUGUGUAGUUGCCUCCCCAAAUGUUUUGCCUUUUAUAGACAUUGUUCUGUUUUAUCCAUGUUCAUUGUAUUUGAGCGUAUUAUUUGCUGUUA